AUGCCUGGCUUUGAUAUGUCAUUAAGUGAUGAGGACUAUAUUAUAGAAAAGGCCAAAGAUGCUCAAAAAACAAAUAUUCACUCAGCCAAAGCAUGGAUGUUAACAGCGAAGACUUUAUUUCCUACAAAUUUCAAAAUUCAGUUCGAAGCUUAUUUAAUGGAAAAGCAAUCUGGCAAUGUUCAAGAGGCUGCUGAAUGUUUUAGCUCACUUAUUAAGUCGAGACAGAAUUUUUCUUCUCUAUUGCCAGAAAUAUCAGCCAUUGCCAAUGCUCUCAGAUCCCCUGAGGGUAGCUUUUUAAGUCAAAUGUUUGAUAAUAUUUGUCCUGAUAUUCAACUGACAAUACUUAAGACAAGUGUUGAAAACAGUGAUGAUACCAUGGAGCACUGUCGGCUAUUAGUAUUGCUUCUAAAGAAAUUCCCUCAGUUAGGUGUUGACAGUUUGGUCAAAACUUUAAUAAGUGCAGAGAAGUUCUUUUAUGAUAAUCGAUAUGCUCGCCUUUUGGUUGUAGAAACAUUACCACUCCUCAGCUCUUUGGAAUCACCAAGACUCUUGCAACGUCUGGUUAUUAAAGCAAUAGAUUUCUAUAACUCCUAUGUCUACGAUGAAACUGAACAUGAUAUCACUGAUCCCUGGCAGCGUCUGUAUGGAGUCUUAGAUUUAAUGGGACGACAGUUGGGAUGGGAUCCAUUUUUCGUUAACUACAGUAACAGCCUCAACAAAGAGCAGUACUUUCAAAAGUUUAUGACACUGAGAAACAGUGAAGAUUGUAGGCAACUAUUAUAUUGUGGUACAACUUUUUUUUUGAGAGCUCUCUAUGAACAAAAAUCUCUAAAAGGGAAUCACAUUUUAGUAGAAGCACUGUCAGAUCCAGAAAUGCCACCAUCAAAAAGAAGAAAGGGAGAUGUAGAAGUUACUGGCAUAUCAGCUCACCAUUUUCAAACUGCAGCCAACUGUUGGGAAUUAUUACAUAGCAAUGAACUUAUUUCUAGAGAAUUUACAAAAUUAGCAAGUCAGUUGCAAAUAAGGCCAUGGUCUGAAGGAUUUGCUGAGGAAUUUGCUCUGUAUCGGGGCAAAUAUGAAGAGGCCAUGCCACCAGCUAGCACUUCAAGUAUAACAGCUAGCAUAAUCAGAGUAUCCAUUAAUUAUUUCCAGAAGAAACAUGCAGCUUGUAUUGAGAAUAUACUCACGGCUUUAGCCCAGUUACCCAAUGUGGAAGGUGUGUUAGAACCUGAAUUAAUUAUAGGAGGGAAACAUAGGCACCUACAUUUUCUACCUCUCACAAAAGUUGCUAUUAUGCAUUACUUUUGUACAAUACUAAUACAGAUCCUCUAUAAUAGAGGUGAUAACACUGACUUGACAUAUGGCCAUAUGCUCGUGCUAAUGCAACUUGGUUGGCCACAAGAAGAAGCAAUAUUUAUACAUAUACUUGAUGUAAUAAGACAAAAACGUGUGUUCCAUUACCAUCUCUUCUCUUCAUAUAUCAUUCAUAUAGAUAUUUUGGAAGAGCUUAGUUUUAUCUGGAAUGAACAAGGAAACAAUGUUGCACUUGAUAUAUUGCCUAAUUCACAACACUUGGGACAAAGACGAAUUGGUACCCGCGGUGCUGACAAAGGUGUAAAGGAAGAUUUUAAACAAGCAAUGAAAGCACAAAUUGCCAGAAGUAAUGAAUCAGUGCUCAAUUUGUUAAUACAAUUUAUCACUGCUGAGAGGGCUUAUUUUUUAAAAAUUGGAUCUGCAAAGAGUUGA